AUGAAGCUUUCUUCCCUCGCUGUGGCAUCCGUCUUUAGCUCCGUCGCCGUGGGUCAGGUCCAGUUCGCAGGAGUCAACAUUGCUGGACUGGAUUUUGGCUGCGACACUCUCGGCAACUGCAAUCCAGCGAGCACUGCUCCACCCGGCCAAGCCGGCAUUGACCAGAUGCAGCACUUUGUCAAGGACAGAGGUCUCAACGCCUUCCGCAUGCCUGUCAGCUGGCAGUAUGUACUCAACAGCAAACUUGGCGGUGCUCUUGAUCCCAAGUUUGCUGCGUACAACAACCUCGUCCAUGGAUGCAUGAGUAGCGGUGCUGCCAUGUGCAUUAUUGACAUUCACAACUACGCUCGUUGGAACGGGGGGAUCAUUGGUCAAGGUGGGCCGACCAACCAAGACUUUGCGUCGCUAUGGUCACAGCUUGCCACGAUCUACAAGUCAUACCCACAGGUUGUCUUUGGCAUUAUGAACGAGCCGCAUGACCUCGAUAUCGCCGCUUGGAAGGACUCGGUGCAAGCUGCAGUGACGGCCAUCCGUGCUGCCGGCGCAACGUCUCAAAGGAUCCUCCUGCCGAGCAGUAAUUACAGUUCCGCCGGCAACUUUGUCAAGAACAGUGCUUCGACACUCAGUCAAGUUGUAAACCUCGAUGGGUCUACUACCAAUCUCAUCUUCGAAGUCCAUCAGUAUCUCGAUGCAACCUACAGCGGCCAGCAGAUCGAGUGCGCGCACAACAACGUUGCAGAAUUUACCUCGCUCGCAACAUGGUUGAGAAGCAAUGGAAGGCAGGCCAUGUUGACGGAGACUGGCGGCGGAGGGAGUGCCGACUCCUGCUUGGAGAAGCUCUGCGAACAAUUCGAUGCGAUCAACGCCAACAGCGAUGUGUAUCUCGGAUGGACGGCGUGGAGUGCAGGGUCAUUCAAGUCCUCCUACAAACUUUCGCUUACACCGACACUGGAUGGUGAUACCUGGACGGACGUGCCAUUGCUCACUCAGUGCGUUGCCGGAAAGUUCAAGCCGCCGGCCAAGCCAUAUGUUUCAUAG